ACUGCAGACAUAGUACAGGAGAUGACCAGAGACUGCAGGCAUAGUACAGUACAGGAGAUGACCAGAGACUGCGGACAUAGUACAGGAGAUGACCAUAGACUGUGGACACAGUACAGGAGACGACCACAGACUGCGGACACAGUACAGGAGACGACCAGAGACUGCGGACACAGUACAGGAGACGACCACAGACUGCGGACACAGUACAGGAGACGACCACAGACUGCGGACACAGUACAGGAGACGACCACAGACUGCGGACACAGUACAGGAGACGACCACACACACUGCGGACACAGUACAGGAGACGACCACAGACUGCGGACACAGUACAGGAGACGACCACAGACUGCGGAC